CCCUUGAAUUCCGGAUCCGUAUGUAAUCUGUUUUCAAUUGCUUGAGGGGCAUUAACACUAAUACCAUUUGUUAGAUUCUGUUGGCGACUAGCAUCUCCUCCUUCACAGCCAUACCCUUGCUUUUGAUAAUUUUGACCUCUCUAGUUUCGAAGCAGAAGCAGCUGAGCGAUGGUUUGCGAGAAAUGCGAGAAGAAGCUCUCAAAAGUGAUCGUACCGGAUAAGUGGAAAGAGGGGGCGAGUAAUACAACCGAAGGCGGCGGAAGGAAGAUCAACGAGAACAAGCUCCUGUCCAAAAAGCACAGAUGGACACCUUAUGGAAAUGCAAAAUGCAUUAUCUGUAAACAGCAAGUUCACCAAGAUGCCAAAUACUGCCAUACCUGUGCUUACUCGAAAGG